AUGGAAUUUCUGGCAUAUUUAUCAGGUGACAACACGACGGCUUUAGACCUACAAACCCUUUCCCCUCACCAAAUUCGUCCAUCAUGGCUUCACCAGGAUCUGAAAGCCAAGGCCGUACCAGAGCUGGACGACCCAGCAAGAGCAGCCCUCAUUAACCAGUGUAGCCUUAACCUCGACCUUGACAAUAUAGACACAGGCGCAUGCGCACGUCUCGUCCCGACUCUGAUUACUUCUGAUACAACGGCCGCACUGAGAACCUAUCGGGGCGGGUUGUAUACGCUCCACAACAACGUUGAAGAAGAAGAAAUCUGUCGCGACAAACUCGCCAAAGCCCGCCAAACAGCCCGAGUGGUUCAUUCAGAAACAGAUGACACUACGGGCCGCGAGACUUAA